AUGCAGGAAGCUCGAUAUCUUUGUAGCUCGUUUCCUUUAGCAUUCCUUUUACUAGGUAGCUGGUUUGUCACGAACAUUAAUACAUAUCCGACGCAGCUUAUCAAUUCUUGGACAAGAUCGCCACCAAUAUCGCUGAAACUGAUGAAAACAAGGGAGACCACUUCUGGGACAACUAUUAGCUAUAAACUUGAUUCAUGGUCUCAGUAUGAUAAUCCGGAAGAAGGUGCAGAACGAGAAGGCGAUAUAUAUCAGACGUCGAAAGCGAGGAAAACUAUUACGAAGGAUACAACUUUAUUAUGGCCUAAUGGUAUCGUGAAUUAUUACGUUCAUUCGUCCAUAGCUAAUAAACCAAAGAAACUUGCUAUGCUGGAGGAUGCGUUACGUACCAUAAUGUCAAAGACAUGCAUUAAAUUCCUGCGCAUUAAAGAAUAUGCAAAGCUCCCAGCAAAUAGUUGGGUCAAUAUCACGGGUCAUCAGAAGGGUUGCUUCUCUGAAUUAGGACGUAAUGCAUACGGACCUACUUCUUUAAACCUAGACGUGAACUUGUGCCUUCACACAAUUGGACACACGAUACACGAGACGUUGCAUACCCUAGGUGUAUAUCAUGAGCAUAUGAGGCCAGAUCGAGACAAAUACAUUACUAUAAUAUGGGAAAAUAUAAAAAAAGAAGAUGUAUUCAAUUUCCGUAUGUUAAAUAAUAAUACCGUAACCGAUUAUGGAUUACCAUAUGACUAUGACAGCAUAAUGCAUUAUUCUAUGACGGCGUUUUCCACUAAUAGGUCGCUUCCUACGAUAAUACCUACGUCGUCUUAUGUGGAGAUUGGCCAAAGAAGUCAUUUGUCGCAUUACGAUAUACAAAAAUUGCUAAUUGCUUAUAACUGCACUGCCGUCGGUACUAAAUUGGAAAAUAACAAGAAACUCAAUUUGGAGAAACCUAAGAAACUUCCUAAUCGUAGAAAAUUACCGCAACCACAGUCGUUGAAUAAAACAGUCAUUGAAACAGAAGUGAAAUCACAUACGCCGACAAUCGUUAUACAUAAUUCAAUAUUAAACAAAUUAGAUGAUAAGAAUGCUGAUUUAGGAAAGUCAAUGGAUAGACUUAAUCAAGUAGCUUUUCUUAGAUCUGUAUAUCCUAUUCAACCCAAUUACUAUCCUGUGCCCCUGAGCCCAAUAUACCUGUACAUAAAUCUUCAUUUUUACUUGAAUAAGAAAUGA